ACCUGCCACUUUUCUAGAGCACCCUUUGAUUUUUGUUCAUUCUCUAGAUUAGAAACAUGGAACUUAUGUGGAUUCUUUUUUCUUUGUUCUUGUUGUUCGUCUUCUAUUUGUGUAGACUUUUGUGGUCAUGUUGGAUGUUGUAUGAAAAAUGGAUUGGCAGAUUCUUAGAUUUAUUCGAUUUAAUCUUUCUUAAAGCAACUAAAAGAAAUGGGGUUUUAAGUGGUGGCUUGAUCAGCAUCUAAGUUACUGCACCAUUAUCGCUUUUUUUAAAUUUCCAGCUUACUAGCUUCUAAUUUCUUAGGAAUAGUGCCUAACUCAAUGUUUGAUCUGAUCCUCCUAAAUUAAUAUUCUGUAUUUCUUCGGUGGCAUCUACAAAUAUAGAUCAUUAAAAAGAACUAGAUAUGUGACUGGGAUAAGAAGCUAAUAUUUGGUAUGUCUUGUGUACUAACUAGAUCAUUUUUUGUUAAGUUGACAGUUUUUCAGUUAUGGUUUAGGAUUCUUUUACCGUUUUAAUCCGUUUAUCCGUUUCUGUUUCUCUUUAAUAAAUCAGAUCUAUUCAUCCUUUGGAGAUGUGAAAUUAUUAAUUCCUUAUAUUGUAAAUGUUUCCCAACUAUUAAUAAAUACUUUCUUCCAUUUAUGCUAGUUUAAAAUUUUUAUGUUUUAAAACGGAUAUUAACGGACCUGUACUGUACAUUUAAUUUGGGAAGAAUUUCACAUCCCAUGCAUGUAUCACAGGUUUUAAGUUGAAGUCGUAAUAAAAGAAAGACUAAAGAACCUUGAGUAAUUGCAAACAAGUGCAGCCAAUGUUAUGCAGAUGCAAUUUUGAAAGAUAAUUUUAAUCCUCCAUUCCGCUAGAGGUUUUGGACAGGAAUUUCAUAGAAGGGACCAAAUUGGCUUCAGCUGAUUAUUUUUCAUAUGACAUUAUUGACAGUGUUUUCACUAGAAUGUAAAUGAAUAUUUGAUUUGGUUUGCGGAUAGUUGAAUUGGUUAGUAUGUGUGUUUGGAAGAGAUGACAAGUCAGCUCUUUUAGACUCUGUAUGAUAUGCUGCUGCUUAAUUGGAAGCUGGUCUCAAUCGUCUUGCAUUCAAUCUUGUGGAGACUUUUGUCCUCUUUUAUUUGAUCAAAUAGAAAGCACGAGAUCAACCAUAUCAGGCUUAGCUAGUAACUGCCAUUCAAAUGCUGCAAAACAAUCUGAAAAUGUUGCUCAUAUACCUUCUGUUGGAAACGGCCAUACUCCCAAGGUGAGGAAACCAUAUACCAUUACUAAACAAAGGGAGAAGUGGACAGAGGAAGAGCAUCAAAAGUUCCUUGAAGCUUUGAAAUUGUACGGUCGAGGGUGGCGCCAAAUUGAAGAGCAUAUAGGUACCAAAACAGCUGUUCAGAUUCGAAGCCAUGCUCAAAAGUUUUUUUCUAAGGUUGUUAGGGAAUCUGAGGGAAGUGCUGAGAGUUCUAUACAGCCAAUUAACAUACCUCCUCCUCGGCCUAAGAGAAAACCCCUCCAUCCAUAUCCCCGAAAAUCACUUGAUGCUUUCAAAGGACAUACCAUACCUAAUGAAACUGAAACAUCUCAAUCCACAAACCUGUUGGUUGCAGAGAAAGACACCCCAUCUCCUACCUCUGUGCUAUCUACGGUUGGUUCGGAAGCAUUUGGGUCUGCAUUUUCAGAGCAGAAUAACAGAUGCCUUUCACCAAACUCUUGCACCACUGAUAUUCACUCCGUCAGCUUGUCACCUGUUGAAAAGGAAAAUGAUUGUAUGACAUCCAAAGCAUCUGAGGAGGAAGAGAAAGGAUCUCCAGCUUCAGUUCCUUUAUCCAUUGUUUCCUACCCAAACAUGUGCAUGAAGCCCGAGUUUAGUACCAAGGAAACUGAAUAUGUUAUAGAAGAUUCUACCAAUAUGCCACAGACCACUAGUAUUAAGCUUUUUGGAAGAACAGUGUCUAUGGUAGAUAAUCAUAAGUUACAGAACAUAGAUGAUAAUGGUAAGGCAAUAACUGUGAAGUCUGAUGAAGUGGAUGAUGUUGGGAAUGAGAAGCCUGGCCAAUCAACCGAGCAAGUAGAUACACAAUUAUCACUAGGCUUGGUUGGUGGCAACUGGGCCAUAACACCUGAUUCUGAUGGAGCUGAUUACAGCCAAGAGCCACCGAAGGAGAACGUGUGCCUCAGUGAAUGUGUACCUGAUGCAUCUUUUCCACAGUGGAGUUUGUACCAAGGCCUCCCAGCUUUCUGUGUCAGCCCAUGCAACCAGAUCCUAAAUCCCAUGCCUCUUAGGCCCUCUUUGAAAGUAAGAGCAAGAGAGGAGGAAAGUUGUUGCACUGGUUCCAACACAGAAUCAGUUUGUGACAUGGAAAACCAAGGCAAGAACUCAGAUGCUGUUGAUUCUAAGUGUGAAAAAUAUCAAGGGGAAGGAGCUGCACCCCAGAAGCCUGCAAGAGGGUUUGUUCCAUAUAAAAGAUGUUUAGCCGAAAGAGAUGGAAAUUCUUUAAUUGCGGCCUUGGAAGAGAGGGACGGGCAACGAGCUCGUGUGUGCUCAUAGCCUUCCAUUCCAUUUUUACAACAUUCAUAAUCAUGGUAUUAGAGAAAAAGAACAAGAAAAAAAAGCUGUGAGAAAUAAGGACCUGAUUUAGGUAGCUGUGAUCUAAUUGUCUAAUUCACAAGCAUCUGAUUUCCAAUUCUUUUUUCCGACAACUUUCUUCUUCCACGUUAAAACAUUUCAUGUCCAAUAAUUCAUGCGGGGGCUGGUGGCAUUAUUUGUUCUGGCUUGUAUCGUGUUACAGUUACUUUAACCAAAUAGACACAUAGCAGCAAGUCUGUAAGUUAGUUUUAUUUCUACCAUUUGCAUCUGUCUUUGUAGUUGCAUGUUACACAUAUAUCAGUGACACACAUCAGUGACAAGGGUGUACCAGGGAAGCUUGGACAAGCAUCGCAGGUCACUAAACAUCAUAUUAUUCUUCUGACAAAGGAUUGCCUCUGGAAAACAUAUUGUGUCCAUGUAUUAAGCUUGAGAGAGUGUCAUGUAUUCGGAUUUUCUUUCUGUAUCAUUCUUUUUAAUCAUAGAUUAUAAACAUUGUUUCUUCAUUGUUGAAUUUACUGUUCUGAACUUGUUCCC